GGAGCAUCUCGCUGAGGCGCUGGGCCGCGGUGGCUGCCAGGAGGCCGCCGGUUCGGUGGUUCUGCUCGUCGGGCGUUCGGCCCUCCUCUCCUGUCAGGGCGCGCCCCGGCCCCUUCCUCCCGCUGUGCCCCGAUUCGGCCGCUGAGUCUUGACGUGGGCGUGCUCCUUUACGAGUGUUUUGGGCUAAAUAUCAAACCCAAAUAUUGGAUGGUCUGGUACCCUCUGCGGCAUAAAUGAAGGUGACUACUGUGUUUGUGGCAUUUCACUUCAUCUGGUUGUGUUGACAAGAGGAAGCUACACAGAAAACAGGAGCUUUAUUGGGAGUGAAGGGAGAGAGAAGUUUACAUUCUCUUCUCCCUGACCACAAACAUGGAGAAAAUCACACCAAAAUAUUUCCUGUGUUGUGGACUUGUUGUAUAAUCAGCCUUCAUAAUUCACUGAUGCUGAAAGCUAUCAGAAACAUGGAAGUGUUAGAAAAGACGUAUGAAACACAUCAAAGGAUUAAUCCUAACCUACAGUUAAAGUGAAAGAAAAGCAAGGUUGGCUGUGCAUCAUACUUUCUGACUGAAAAAGAAGAUGCUAGAUGUUGGGAAAUGGCCGAUAUUUGCUCUCCACUCUCAAGAAGAGUUGAAGUUAAUCCGUCAGGCUUGUGUAUAUGGCUGUGCUGGCAAUGAAGCACUUUAUGUAACUAAGAAUGAUGAGGUUUUUGCACUUGGCACUAAUUGCAGUGGCUGUUUAGGAAUUGGUGACUUGCAAAGCACUAUUGAACCCAGAAGAUUAGAUAUUUUAUGCGGGAAAAAAAUAACUUGCCUGAGUUAUGGAAGUGGCCCUCAUGUCAUUGCAGCUACCUCUGAAGGAGAAGUAUAUACCUGGGGUCAUAAUGCUUACAGUCAGCUGGGAAAUGGAACAACCAAUAAUAGUUUAGUGCCUUGUCAAAUUUCUACCAAUUUGAUAAACAAAAAAGUGAUUGAAGUUGCUUGUGGUUCACAUCAUUCUGUGAUCUUAACAUCUGAUGGAGAGGUGUAUACAUGGGGCUAUAAUAAUUCAGGCCAAGUUGGAUCGGGCUCAACAGCAAAUCAGCCAAUCCCUCGAAGAGUUACUAGCUCUUUACAGAAUAAAAUAGUAAUUAACAUUGCUUGUGGUCAGAUGUGUUCAAUGGCAGUGCUAGAAAGUGGGGAGGUUUAUGUUUGGGGCUACAAUGGUAAUGGUCAGCUUGGAUUGGGAAAUAGUGGCAACCAACCAACACCUUGUAGAAUAGCAGCUUUGCAAGGCAUUCGUGUAAAACGGGUUGUCUGUGGUUAUGCACACACAUUAGUCUUAACAGAUGAAGGUCAGUUGUAUGCUUGGGGAGCCAAUUCCUAUGGCCAGUUAGGCACUGGGAAUAGAAGCAACCAAUCAUAUCCUGUGCCCGUCACUGUGGAUAAAGACAGAAUCAUAGAGAUUGCUGCAUGUCACUCUACUCAUACCUCUGCUGCUAAAACCCAGGGUAGUCAAGUGUACAUGUGGGGUCAGUGCCGGGGGCAACCCAUCCCUCUUCCAUUCCUCACCCACUUCACCUGUACAGAUGAUGUGUUUGCUUGUUUUGCUACUCCUGCAGUGACAUGGCGUCUUCUUUCAGUAGAAGCCGAUGAUCAUUUCACAGUAGCUCAGUCAAUAAAGAAGGAAUUUGACAACCCAGAUAAUGCAGAUUUGAGGUUUCUAGUGGAUGGAAAAUACAUUCAUGUUCACAAAGUACUCCUCAAAAUUAGGUGUGAACAUUUCCGAUCAGUGCUAAACAACAAUAAUGAUGAAAUUAUAGAAAUAAAUGAAUUCUCGUAUCCUGUUUACCGAGCAUUUCUGGAAUAUCUGUACACAGACAACAUCAGACUUCCUCCUGAGGAUGCCAUAGGUCUGCUGGACUUGGCAACCUUCUAUCGAGAAAAUCGACUGAAAAAGCUAUGCCAGCAAACAAUCAAGCAGGGUAUUUCUGAGGAGAACGCAAUUGGUCUUCUUUCAGCAGCAGUCAGAUACGAAGCGAAGGAAUUAGAGGAAUUUUGUUUUCGAUUUUGCAUAAACCAUCUGACUGUAGUCACUCAGUCUCCAGGCUUUGCAGAAAUGGACCAUGAUCUCUUGAAGAACUUCAUUAGCAAAGCCAGCAGAGUGGGAGCAUUUAAAAACUGAAGAGUACUUUUGCAUAGAAGUGGAGAGAGAUACUUUCGGCAUGGAUGCUCCAUUCUUUGAACCUGAAGUGUAAAGACAACUGCCUGGAUCUAGGACACACCUCUCAACUGAGCUAAUACUAAAGUGGUUUCGAUUGCAAACUUAUCCACCAGGCUUGUGGAUUGAGAGGGCAGACAGCUGGACUCAAAUCCAUUUAUCUAUUAAUUUUUUCUUUAACUUUAAGGUAAUAUAGGAAGUAUUUUUUCCCUUGAUGUUAUUUGUCCUGCUUUGAAAGAACAUUUGGAAACUGAUAUUUGCUGGCUUUUGUUUACAAGCAGUGAAGUCACAUGUGAUUUGCUCAGGCUGCAUUAGGAUACAGUAAGAAAAGAGUCACACGAAGAGUCGGACAUGACUUAACUAAACAACAACUACAAAGAAAAGAGAAGUUCUGUCGCGAAGAACCUAGUAAGUAAACACUUCUUAACUGUGGUUGGGGGGUGGACUGAAGGAAAGAGAAGGGGUAGCACAAUAUCCCAAAUGAGAAAGAAGUAGUUGUUUCAUUCUUUGUGUUGUUCUGCAAUGUUGUAGCAGUUUUUAUUGCAGGCCAAAGCAUAUGUGGUAAGAAAAAGAGAAAGAGAAAAAAAAACACAAAGCUGGAACUGGGAUUUGGAAAAAACGAAAUCUGUCCCCUCCAACUGUGCUAAGUUUAAUUAAUAAAUAGUAAUCAUGUGCUAUCAAAUCAGUUCUGACAUGGUGAGCCUUUUCUGGCAGUUUUGGCCUAGAAAAUACUCAGAAGUGGUUUACCAUUCCCUUCUUCAAGGGACUGCCUGGCUAAAACGACAUACAGGCAUCUGGACUUGUGAAAAACAGUAGCCUCUGUCUUAAAUCUCUGCACUCCAUUAAGUAUGGUGAGAGGCAGAGCAGAGUGCCCCAGUUUUGUGUGCUCUGAGACACUUUCCCAGUAUUUCAAAAUCUGAGGAGCCUGACGCCAAGGGAGGCCCAGAAGGAAAAAACUAUAUAUAUAAUUUUUUUUCUUUUUCCCUUUUCUCUUCUUGGAUAAUUCGUAUACUGAUGUUUAAAAAUUUUGUUAUAAUGCUGUUUUAUAUGUUGGAAGCCGCCUAGAGUGGUCGUUCAACUAGAUAGACGAGGUAUAAAUGCAAUAAAUAAAUAAAUAUUCCCACUGACUGACAGAAGUGUGAGCUACCUCCACGCAAGUUUCUCCUUUUUACAGCUUUACCUUGACAUGCCCACUUGCUCAAUGACUGUAAUCAACGCUUUCCCUUAUUUUUUUGCUACAAUAUCCUAUAACCAGUUACAUUCAGAUGGCAACUUAUAUCUGUACUUCAUAUUUUGAAAGGGUUUGGUGAAAGAACCAUAGUGGCUACUGGAAAGUGAUACCUGUACAAAUGCUAUUAAAUUGGCAGAUGCUGUGCAGCCUCAUCUGUAGAUGCAUGCUUGCAUAUCUGUUUAUCUUCAAAGAUAUGUAUAGAGCCCACCGCAUAUGGAGGAUAGCCAUGUUUGUCCUCUCAUGGAAGAAAUUGUUUUCAUCAAUAAAAGCUGAAUUCUCCCA